GUGAGACCGACUUUAUCACGUAUAUGCUUGUGGGGAAUUUGGUAAAAAUGGGAAAUUAGUAGGGAAUAGUAGGCUAGUCUAGGCUAAUUACUUGAACGAAAUGAUGGACAACUAUGAAUGACAAUUCUUGUGGAUAUAACACGGUAUAACAUAUACAUGUUUUAGGAGACAUCGACAGCAUGUUGCCUAAUACUGAAGAAGUUUCACAUGAUUUCAAAAGCAACUCUCUCUAUGGAUCAGUAGAAAAGGGUACACAUUAGUAUGUAUGGCUGAUACACUUAAAUAAAUUGCAUUUAAAAAAAAACUUUUUUAAAUGAAUAGUAUAGUAUUGACAUAUGCAAGCUAUUUAGCCUACCUUUCUGAACACCUUUCAGAUAUUUACAUAGAGCUCUACAAUGUUGUUCCUGUCACUGCAUUACUGUCUUAAAGUAAUUGUCCAGUGUUUCCAGAUUUUUAUUAAAUAUGACCUAUAAUUAAUAAGAAUAUGAGUGAAAUAGUUUUCCUUCCCCCAAAAUGUAAUUAAGUAUGUUAAAAAGCAUGUUUUCUGAUGUUGGAAUGGUGUGGGCGUAUACGUCAUUAAAAAUAUGUAUGCAAGUAGACUGCUGAUUGGCCAGCUCGUCCUCCUAAGGAGGAUGACAUCAACCUCUAUCAGGAAAUAGCAAGCAUUUUUAAAUAGUCUGUUUGAGAUACAAGUUUGAGGUGGGUUUUUUGAAUGGUUUUUCUCUCCAAUUUAUGAUGAGUCAACAACAUUAUUAGUUAACAAAAUAUGAACUUUUUAGAUUUUCACUGGACAGUUAAUUUAAGUCCAUUUCUAAGCAAAAUAAUAAUUGUCAUAUUCUGAACAGAAACACAAUAAAUUAAGCAAAAGUUGUAUCACACAGUGGUAAAAUGCUUCACUCCUUACACAUCAAACAUUACACCUAAAACUUCAAAUUAAAAUGCAACAGUCAUCUUUAUUUAUUUUUUACCCAGUGGCAGAUAGCCUAGCGGUUAAGAGCGUUGGGCCAGUAACCAAAAAGUAGACUUAGAGCCGACAAGGUGAAAAAUCUGUUGAUGAGCCCUUGAGCAAAGCACUUAACCCUAUUUUCUCCUGUAAGUCGCUCUGUAUAAGAGUGUCUGCUAAAUGACUAAAAUGUAAAUGUAAAAAUGGACAUAAGUAACCCACAAGGAGUUGCAAAGCUGCUGUGAGACUGUCCAACCCUGCUCCUUGUCUAAACUGUCUUGGCACAUUAGCCACCCCUGGGAAAGAGGAGACAAAAUCUGGUACGGUGGUGUGCCAAAGUUUGUCUCCAGUCCAGAUGGUGGUCAUGACAGACAGCUGUCCCCUAUGGAGCAGGGACUGCCCCAUGUCCCCCUGGCUCCCCUGUGGACCUCCACUUGCAGUAGGAGACCCUCUAAUCUGGCCAUAGUGUUAGCUGUCUGUCAAAACACAGCAGAUUGUUUGCUAGCAGGUUGUGGAUAUGUGUGAUCUGGUUGGGUUUUUGUUUGGGGGUGUUGGGCAAAAGGCAGUGACACAUUUCCAUUCUAAACAAAAUGGAUGGAGCAUGUUAGUAUAUAUUCUAUUCUAUUUUACAUUUCUUGAUUUAAUGUGCCGUCAUACGGAUAGUGUUAAAAGACCACUGGUUAAAAAUAGCAACAUUAGACAUAUUUAGCAGUCAUUUAUAAACUGUGAUAUAGAAGAAAGAACAUAUUCUGCCGGGAAGAAUUCACAGUUGUGUUUGAUGGAAAUGUAGGGACUUGGAAAUUCUACAGUGAGCCAUUAUAAAGUCUGAUUUAUUUAAUAAUCUAUUGAGCACCAGGGAAGAAAGAUUUUCCUUUUUAGUUACUAAAAUGGAUGCAAAUUGAGCUAUAUAAUGCUGACAUGAUUUUCUUAUAUGUUUCUGUAAUUAAAAGACCUCUCAUCAUGAGAGAAAAUAAUUGAGUUAUUGUUCUUCUUUGAGUCAGAAUAGCUGACUGUACCUUUUCUUUGUCUGGCCUGACACAACAGCUUCAACAAAAGGUAUAUCUUGGAAGGACCCUUGCUUAAUGCCCACACCCAAAUUAUCCUGGUUUGUGUGUGUGUGUGUGUGUGUGUUUUAUGUGUGUUUUGUGUGUGUUUUGUGUGUGUGUGUGUGUGUGUGUGUGUGUGUGUGUGUGUGUGUGUGUGUGUGUGUGUGUGUGUGUGUGUGUGUGUGUGUGUGUGUGUGUGUGUGUGUGUGUGUGUGUAUGCCAAUUAGUGUUAAUCUUUAGUACAUUGUCUGAAUUUAUAAGACUGUUCCUGUGUCAUAAACUUGACUCCUUAGUAAUGUUCCCUCUGUUUCCACUAUAACACAGACUUUUAAGAAGACAUGUACAGAAUUAGCAUAGUUAAUAAUAAGGAUCAUUAUAUGUCAGUGUAAUUGUGGUCCGUUCUCAAUAUCUUUUAAGAAUUCAAUAACUGAGUGAUAAUAGCAGUGUAACAAUGUCCUUGAUAAAAUGAACACAGUUAUUUAAUGCAAGUAAAUAGAUGGAAGGGAAAUGUGCAUAGAGUUGAUUGGAAGACCCAUCUCAAAUUGAUGUAAGGAAUGUCUUGUUCAUAUGACACUGGUUCAGUUUAUACCAGGGAUGCUGAAGUAACAUUUGCUGUUGUUUUGAUUCAAUGAAUGUUAUUGUUCUCUAAAUCUCUUGCCAGACUCUCAAUGGCAGCUGUCAGCAUUUAAUCGUAAUUUUAUUGUGAUAAGGGACAUCAUGGGUUUUGUUUUGUUACGCCACUCCGCCUGUGGCCUCGAACAGUUUUAAAUACAGUCAAAUCAGCCAGCCAUACAGAGCUCAUCAGACCUAUACACAUUAGAAUUACAGUCCUGCAAAGCUGUAGGAGGUCUUUAAUGAGUCACACAGUCAAUGUACCAGCUUUUAAUCCAUUGACAGAACUUCCAGGCAGUCGCAAACAUUCCAGGUCUUUAAGAACCCUGCGGAGCAUACUGUAAUGGUGUGGUAUUAUGGCUCACUACAGGUCUCACCUAUUGUACAGGGGAAGAGUUAAAACAGCACACCAGAGGGCACACAACUGAUUUUGAAUGAUUUUAUAGAAUGAGAAGGUAAGGUGGAACUCGUUCCGACAGUUUGUGACGUCAGUAAUUGGGUUUAAAAUGGCCUUCAAGUGGACAUCCUCUAUAUAUCCUGUCUGUAUGUCAAGUCUUUGUGUCUGGUUCGGGUGUUCAUAAAAACACCUACAGUAUCAAGUAUCUCAGUUUGAAAUGCAAUGCUAAGACACUAAACUCUUGCCUUAAUUGUGACCUUGCCUACUUGCGUAUCAACAACACAAAGUUCUCACAAAACAUUUGAACGAAAGCACUCCAUUUGAGAAAAAGAAACAUUUCUUUCUUUCUUCCUCAAGAUUAGAAAAUCAGUUAAAGGAAAACUCCAAAAGAUAGUUUUUGGGUGGAGUUUUCCUUUAAGUUCGUCUGCCUCACCUGUUCCAAAAACGUGUGGCGUCAUGUUCUGGACUGCAUUUCCCGAGGCUCCAUUUAUGACAGUAUUUCUACCCAUCAAACUGUGCACUCUAACCCUAACUGGAAUGCUUGUAACGCCUCUGUUUCAAAUCAUGAAAGUAUGGGCUCUAUUCAAUCUGGAUUGCUGAAGUGUAAUAGAAAUGUGAAGGUGUUUUCUGAUUGAGCCGAGAUGUGCGUUUACCGUGAAUGCAGUCUCCGCUAAAAAAAACAUUGCCUUUAAAUUUCAAUCAUGCUGCAACGUUGUACUUCAGUGAUACAGACUGAAUCGAGGCCUAAGUAUCGAAGUACAUUGAAAGGUUUGAAAGGAAUUUCAAUCAACUUUUGUUUUUUUAAAAGCUCGAUGAGUGAAAGAUUUUGAUUGGUAUGAAUGUCAUUGACAUUUUCUUUUAUAUGUUCUUUAGACCCCUAUCUAAAGGACACCUUAUCAGUUCGACUGGGGGAACCUUAAUGCUAGAAUCCUUAAACAAUUACAAAGUGCCUCUGUUAACGUAAAAAGCUGAGGGACGGGCCUGGUGAAAAUGUAACCACUCUCAAAUUAAGACAGAGCUAUGGAUGCAAGGACUGACCAUCCAUGAUAUCAAAAUUAUAGUUUUAACCAUGUUUGGAUGCUAUGCAGUGUUUGUUAACAUUUACAUUGUUUACAACCAUUGGAGUAAACAAGCUUAUAUUUUGAGUUCUCAUGGGCUUCGACCAUUGAACUAAGCAAAUGAGGCAUCUAUAAGUUAUAUUCUUCAAGAAUCAAUAGGUAUACAGUGUAUAAUUCAUUUCUAAGACCUCCCUCCACAAAGAGUUACAGAAAGAGGUCCCAGAUAUACGACACUAUAUGACAGUAAAUUGAACAGCAUCCAAGCUGGUCAACAAAUAACUUAAAUAUUUGUUUUUCCUCUUCCAUGACUUGGCUUUUAUUGUUUUAGUGUUGUUUAGCAUCGAUUUCAAUAAUCUGCCUAAAUACUUCAGUGUCAACAGCAUUAGUUCUAAUCAGCUAUGUCUAUGGCACAACAAGGGCACUGUCCAGCAUUGGCAUUUGGCUCUAGGGUCUGUCAAAAUACUGUCUUCUCAAGCAUACGUCGGCUAUUCCCAGAACUACAAGUCCUCUCCAACCCAGAAGCCAAGCUUUCUCAUUGACGUUUUCACAAGACUAAAUCGAUCUUUUGAGAUAAUUCACGUAAAUCACUAUUUACUGGAAAUUGAUUAGAAAUCAAUCCAAACACUAACAUUUAAUAUUUGAUGCCACAUACAAUUUCAAGAACAAUGUAAAUACAGAACGUGUUAGCCAUUUAGGCAUCAUCUGUUAUUGAGUGUGUGGAGAGUGAACAAUGUUCCAUUGAUUUCAAGCCUGAUUAUCCAAAUGUAUCACCCAGGGGGAGGUCACUUGGGAGUUUGUCCACUCUGUAACACUUAUCGGUGUUAGUCCAAUAUCUCACUAAUCACAGCUGAUCUGUUGGCUGAAUUGCAAUGGACUUAUUUUGCUUGAAAAUUACUGGACUCGUUAUUGAAACAGCUCUGAAGUCUUAAGUCUUCAGAACAAAAUUAUACAAUAAAGAUGAAAUUAUGUUUACUGUAAAAUUAAGAGUUUAAUCAUUUAGAUUUAAAAAAAAAAUUAUACCCAACUGAAGAAAAAAAACAAGUGCGAACUCUGCACCUGGUGCAAACACUUCUAGAUAUAGGUCUAUCUAUUUGUACAUUAGCAGACAUAAAUUUUUGUGUUGUCCCCUGUGCUUGAUCUCAUUAUUUUAAUUUGGCACAUCAUCAGAAAAGUAAUUUAUGGGACAGAUCAUGCUGCAUUAGUUUUGUUUGGGAAAAUACCACCCAUUUCCCAGGAGAAGUACCGUAUCCCUUAAUAAACCAAUGUCUCUGUUUAAAAAGAUCAUGGUCAGGCUAAUAUUUAACACGUUUGUUGAUGUUGUACUUAUGUCCAGAAAUAACUACAGACAUUGGUGUGUUAAAGUAGAACAGGAGUGUUCAACCCUCCUCCUGGAGAGCUGCUGGGUCUGCAGGCUUUUCCCCCAGUCCUGCUUUACACUCUGGAAAAGCUUUUUCCCCAGUCCUGCUUUACACUCAGGAAAGGCUUUUCCCCAGUCCUGCUUUACACUCAGGAAAGGCUUUUUCCCCAGUCCUGCUUUACACUCAGGAAAGGCUUUUUCCCCAGUCCUGCUUUACACUCAGGAAAGGCUUUUUCCCCAGUCCUGCUUUACAUUCAGGAAAGGCUUUUUCCCCAGUCCUGCUUUACACUCAGGAAAGGUUUUUUCCCCAGUCCUGCUUUACACUCAGGAAAGGCUUUUUCCCCAGUCCUGCUUUACACUCAGGAAAGGCUUUUUCCCCAGUCCUGCUUUACACUCAGGAAAGGCUUUUUCCCCAGUCCUGCUUUACACUCAGGAAAGGCUUUUUCCCCAGUCCUGCUUUAUACUCAGGAAAGGCUUUUUCCCCAGUCCUGCUUUACACUCAGGAAAGGCUUUUUCCCCAGUCCUGCUUUACACUCUGGAAAGGCUUUUUCCCCAGUCCUGCUUUACACUCUGGAAAGGCUUUUUCCCCAGUCCUGCUUUACACUCUGGAAAGGCUUUUUCCCCAGUAAUGCUUUACACUCAGGAAAGGCUUUUUCCCCAGUCCUGCUUUACACUCAGGAAAGGCUUUUUCCCCAGUAAUGCUUUACACUCAGGAAAGGCUUUUUCCCCAGUCCUGCUUUACACUCAGGAAAGCCUUUUUCCCCAGUCCUGCUUUACAUUCAGGAAAGGCUUUUCCCCCAGUCCUGCUUUACUGUAAAGGCAGUCAUUGUUGUUCUCCCCCUUAGACGAGAAGGAGCAUGGAUAGGACCAAGAUGCGGAUUGAGGGAAAUAAGCCAUCUUUUAAUGAAAAACAGCAAACAAGACACUACAAACUACAAAACAACAAACGUGACUAACCUUCAACUGUCCUGUAAGGACACAGGAACAAACACCCACAAAACACCAGUGAAACCCUGGCUGCCUUUGUAUGACUCUCAAUUAGAGACAAACAAUACACACCUGUCUCUAAUUGAGAAUCAUACCAGGCCGAACACAAAACCCCACAUAGAAAUACAAACAUAGACAAACCCACCCAACUCACGCCCUGACCAAAUAAAAUGAAUACAAAACAAAGGAAAACAGGUCAGGAACGUGACAUUUACAUUCAGGAAAGGCUUUUCCCCAGUCCUGCUUUACACUCAGGAAAGGCUUUUUCCCCAGUCCUGCUUUACACUCUGGAAAGGCUUUUCCCCAGUAAUGCUUUACACUCAGGAAAGGCUUUUUCCCCAGUCCUGCUUUACACUCAGGAUAGGCUUUUUCCCCAGUCCUGCUUUACACUCUGGAAAGGCUUUUUCCCCAGUCCUGCUUUACACUCAAGAGAGGCUUUUUCCCCAGUCCUGCUUUACACUCAGGAAAGGCUUUUUCCCCAAUCCUGCUUUACACUCAGGAAAGGCUUUUUCCCCAGUCCUGCUUUACACUCAGGAGAGGCUUUUUCCCCAGUAAUGCUUUAUACUCAGGAAAGGCUUUUUCCCCAGUCCUGCUUUACACUCUGGAAAGGCUUUUUCCCCAGUCCUGCUUUACACUCUGGAAAGGCUUUUUCCCCAGUAAUGCUUUACACUCUGGAAUUUUACUAAUCAAGAUACGAAGCUGAUACUGGUGUGUUAGGACAGGGCUGGAGCAAAAACCUGCCUAUCCAGUAGUUCUCCAGGAAGAGUGUUGGCCGCCCCUGGAGUAGAGAUUCUCACUUGGCUUGAGUUUCAAGUAUACUGUCAUAACUUUGGUGAUAUAUAGUUGUUUUCUUCAAAUUGUCUGAAUCCUGUCAGUAUCAAAACAGGUUUAACUAAAAUAUACACUGUGUACACUGUGAAUGUAGGGUCCUUUUUGAGAUGUAAUAGGAAUUUUAGAAAACACUUAGUAGUAUGUAGUAACAAAUAUGUAGUAACAAAUAAACCAUUAUGCUAUCUUAUUUCAUCUGAAAGGUGUUUCUGUACAUGUAUGUUCCACCUCCUUGUUAACUGCACUAUUUCAUUUAAAGCAGUCCUAAUGUCAUUUUCAAAGAAAAAGAAUAUAAAGCUGCAGGUACACCUUUCUGUCUCUGUUGGCAACAUUUACUUAAAGGGGAACUUCUUUGUACUUAAAGUGGAACUGCUCAGUGAAUAAUAUUCUUGUCUCUCGCUACGUACUCUGGGAGAGACAGGGAGACAUCUAAAGCCUGAUCUCAAAAUCUCGAGUCCAAAGUGUUGUGAAAUACUGGCUUGUGGGGGAAAACAAAAAUCCUGUCGCUGGGUUGAUUCUUCUUAUGUGGUGUUGUUUUCAUAUGUAAAUUAUUCAGACCAGUCAGUCAUGGUGAUUAAAUGCGAGACAUUCACCCAGGAGAGAACAGAUUUUGUGUUCCUAUUGAGAUAAGAAGCUACAAAGCCCUUCUAUUCGUUAAGAGAGUGACAUACCCCUCUUGCUGUUUCAGCACAGGUGUCAGAAAGCAGAUUACAGUUUUUUUUGUGAAAGACUCAAUUUAGACCCAAUUCUUAGAAUGAAUCUGGAUCUUAGAUUACUAUUGCGUAGUGAAACACACCUUAUUUUUCACAAAAGACAGGAAAUGAAUCCAAAAUAAAGUCAGAAGGGAGACAGCAUGGAUUAUAUGACAGUGAGUCUGUGAAGGAGUGAAUGCAUUUGUGACUUACUAGAUGUGUGACAGAGUAAGCUAAUUUGUUUGAAGAUCUAAUUAAUUAUGUUUCCUCAAACCAAUUCCCUGCCAUUUUACUCGUAUGUUUGUUUCCUCCCAUUUAAAUCUUCCUUCCUGCUUUGACAAACAAGGCCUGUUUUUUUAAUCCUCGUUGUCAUGCCAUGUUGAAACAUCAGGGUCACCUGCCUCUGCCUCAGUUCAGUGUUGACUUUGACAGAUUUCACCUUCCAGUCUUCACUGAGGUCAUUUCCAGCAAAACCCAAAUCAAACAUCCCUGAACUGCCAUAGCACGGGUGGGUCAAAGAACAUGUACUGUACAUAACAAGUGAUAGAUGGGUCACUUGACUCCUGUGCUUGAUGUGGGAGGAGGAGAAAAACACUUUAGAAUUUCUGCUCUGCUCUAGAUCAGAAUCAAUAACGUUCUUGUGAUGCUAAGUGGUGGGCUUCAAUCUAAAUUGUAAAUAACAUACUUUAAAUCGUAAAUCUGUUUACAUACUGUAAAUCGUAAACCCCAUAGGGUUUGUUUGACCGAUGUUGGACUUCAUGAAAGUGAUGUUCUGUAUUUUAAAGUGAUUUGCCAGGUUGCUAAUAUACAUGUGUCAUCAAUUGUAGGGUCUGACUAGGGCAUAGACACUAGACUGCAGCUUUGUUAUUUUUACACUGAUCCGAAUGGUUGUGAAUUGAUGACCCACACUUGAGGUGAGGGAUGUGCCAACAAGUGAAAAGUUGCCUUUUCUUGCAGGAAACGACCGAUUCAUUUGUGUUUAUGUAUGCAUUGUGCAUUGGUACAAUAGUCAUGCAACUUUACAGCAUCAGUAUUUCGACAUUCGUUCCCGUUACAGAGAUAAUCUGGAAUUGGUACAUCCAUUUCUGGCUUUAGGGGAAUGCAGUUAAAUGGUAGAGGAACAGGUUAUAGAUUAUGCCUUAAAACUGAUUAUUGUAAUCAAGUCAAAUUAGCGUCACAGGAAAAUGAUUUCUCCUGAUUAUUUAAUUUAGAAAGAUAGUAGCGUGCUAUGUAGGCCUGUGCAUACUAACAUGUUAACUUUGGUAUUACUUGGAUGCGUGCCAGGCACUAGCCAGGGCACUUGACUCUUUCUGCAUUCAACAAAGUUAGCCAUAUCAAUGCCUUGCCAAUGCAAGACAACAACUAGUUAGCUAAAGCCAAAACAGACUGGCACCCAAGCUAGCCAAACACACCCCUAUAAUUCAACAGAUGGUAAAAAAAACUCUAAAAAGACAUUCGGAAUUGGUACCACCCUCUAUUCUUGCUGAUACCACGUUCCCAUAAUAGACACAGAGAGAGUGAUAUAUAAAGACCGUGGUGAAAGAAAAAGAGUGUUAAAGAUAAAACCAAGGAUUGAACGGCCAAACACAAAAAACGCGGUCGACAGCCUUUUGAAUGAGGGUAAACAACAGAAAGUCCAAGUUCUCUGGCCUUGACAGGGGAACACAGGGGAUAAAUCUGUUGGCCAAUUAACUGAGCCGUGUGCUGCUACUUCAAAUGCAGUCCACUGCCUGCCACUGAGAUUUACACGCUUUUCAUCUGCGGGCUUUAGGGGAGAAAGAGUUCGAUUUUAAUCAGUCCACAGCAUAUUUAUAUUAGUGCCUCGUGGGAUUGUUUAUGCAAAAUAAAAAAAUAAACAGAUCCUUUCAACACCUUUCAUGCGCUGUCCACACAGCACCGGACCUGGGUUCUAGUAGUGUAAAUACUUUUAAAUAGUUUUAGCUGUGCUUGACUGAGCAUACCUGGCACAACUGAACCAAUGGAAUAGCCCCAAAAGUGCCAACACAACCCAUCAUGCUCUCAAGGCAGGUUCAAGCAAACACUCAAAAUAUUUGAAAGAUUUUAAGCACUAUUUGAAUCCAGGUCUGUUGUGCAUACUCACUCAGCACGGUGGUUUGCGCUAACGUUAUUAUACCAGAGAUAGCCAGGCUAUCGGCCCAUUCUCCUUAGAAGACCACCGAUUAAACUACAGUAAAAAUAGCACUUGAGGAGUGAUUAAAUUGUGUUCAGCUGUUGAAUGCGGAAUGAGGCAGCCGUCAGUUUGUUGUUUUAUAAAGUUUUGAAAGUGUCUGAAAAAGUGUUGUAUUGUAAACGUUUGGUUACUAGCUAGCUACCUUUUGAUUUGGAUCCCGUGACGCGGUUGGCAUCAGUUGCUGGGACUGCUGCUAUCUGUCCAGGGAUCCUGCUGACCGAGGGUCUUUUGAUGAGCUGCUAUCAAGCUAGCGGGGUUUCCUUGAGGGCUUGAACGCAGCCCGCGACGUGGUUAGCCCUUGUGGCUGGAACCGUGGAUUGUCCUGUGCUUGGGGCUGUCUACAUCCCUACAGUUUGUUGCUGUUUCCAUCUUCCCUUUGACCUGCCCUGUCCGGAAUUGCGGGGUGUAACAGCAUAGCCUACGUUGCUACCAUUAUAAAAACCAAAUCCAGUGGGAGUAUCGUUGAGGACAGUGGGGUCUCUAUCACAGGUGAAAGAUAUUUUAAACAAACUAAAAGAGUUCUACAAGCAGUUGUUACAGCAAUAAGAAAAUAGCUUGUUGUGUUGUGUCCAAAUACUGGUAGAGUCAACUAAUAAAAGGAUGGACGACCUGACCAGAGAGGUCCAGGACCUGAAGAACAGUUUGCAGUUCCCCAGGGUCAGCUCCAUGAGUUUAAACAGGAGAACGAAGUUGACAGCAAUCUGUAAGUCAUUGAGUGAGGAGAUUAGUUCUGUAUGUGAAUUCACGAUAUAGUUUCAUAUAAAUUCCAAAUAGUUUGCAUAGUCAACUUACGCACAGCUCUAACACACACACUUACCCCACCAGACAUGCCACCAGGGGUCUUUUCAUAGUCCCCAAAUCCAGAACAAAUUCAAGAAAGCGUACAGUAUUAUAUAGACAUUAUUGCAUGGAACUCCAUUCCAUCUCAUAUUGCUCAAAUGAACAGCAAACCUGGUUUAAAAAAAUAGAUAAAGCAACACCUCUCCCCUAUUUGACCUAGAUAUUUUGUGUGUAUGUAUCCUUUAUCUAACUAGGCGAGUCAGUUAAGAACAAAUUAUUAUUUACAAUGACAGCCUACCCCAGACAACACUGGGCCAAUUGUGCACUGCCCUAUGGGACUCCAAGUCACAGCCAGAUGUGAUACAGCCUGGACUUGAACCAAGGACGGUAGUGACACCUCUUUCACUGAGAUGCAGUGUCUUAGACCACUGCACCACUCAGGAGCCUGAGUGAUAUGUAGGCUAUGUGUACCGUUUUUAAAUGUAUAUAGUUCUGCCCUGGAGCUGUUCUUGUCUAUAAAUGCUCUGUAUUAUGUAAUGUUUCAUGUUCUGUGGCUUUCACAAAAGCUAAUGGGGAUCCUAAUAAAAUACCCCAAAAAACGGUCACGGUCAGUAACACCCCAACGACCGGGUGUUACUAUAACAGGGUUAAAAACAAGAAUUUUGCAGGAAUUGAAUGCAACGUAACUGUAUUAUUGAGUCAAUGAGGGGGGGGCUAAUGGCUUUUAUGCACUUUCCUUCGAAUAAAUGUAUAACACCAAUAGAAUGGAUUCACCUCAAUACCACAUACAUUUGCAUCAGCAAUUGCUCCAUAACCAAUCAUCCAGGUUCACAGUGGAAGAGAUCUUUUAAAGAAGAGUCUUUUAAAUCUCUCUGUAACCAAUCUUGGGAAGGUAAACGCUGAUUAUGGUGAGCACGUCAUGUAUCUGCCCCAUUUCUAAUGCCCACUCUGUUAAGUCAACAUAGCGUUUAUUUACUCAGAUUGCCCUAGACCUACACACUGAUUUUAUGGUCUGCAUGAUGUGAAAUAUCUAGUCAUCUAUAACUGUAAAAGUGAAUGUAGAAACCCAUGCCUCUAAAGAAUGUGAGGGAAACCGCAGGGGAAGCGGCUUGUUCAGUCAGAUCCCGCUGCUCAGGUAUCAUUUUGUAGGUUCAAACAUUCAGAUAGGCAAGUACAUGCACUCAGGCCAGGGUGGAGCAGGCUUUUGCUCCAACCAAACAGUCACACAGCUGAUUCAGCUAAUUCACUUCCUUUCACUAACUAUUUAACAGAUUUGUUGUAUCAGGUGUGUUACUGCUUUGACUAGAGGGAAAGCCUGCAGCCAUACCGGCCCUCUGCGGAUAAGAGUUUUGGGACUAUUCCAUUGGUUCCAUUGCACCAGGCAAGCUCAAUCAAGCUCAGCUAAAGUAUUUGAAAGAUUUGCUUGAUUUGAACACAGGUCGAAAUUAAAUUAACUCGACACAGAUUAGGUAAUUAGUAUUAACGUAAUUCGGUGGAUGCCGAUAAGACCUUCACUAGUGCUGUAAGUCAGUAGGUGCAGAUUCUAGACUCUUAAUGUAAUUCUUAAGGCAGGCUGUCCAGAGUCGCAGCAGGGCAAUUGAGGCUAUUUUUAAUAGAUUACGUUAGGGAUAUACUGUGGCAGGAGAUGGGGUCAAGCAUUCGCUAUUAUUAAAUGAGAUAGUUUGGUGCAAUAAGGCAGCCCCAGCCAACUGGGGUGGCAGGUAGCCUAGGGGUUGGAGUGUUGGGCCAAUAACCGAAAGGUUACUGGAUCGAAUCCCGAGCUGACAAAGUAAUAAUCUGUUGCUCUGCCCCUGAACAAGGCAGUUAACCCACUGUUCCCCGGUAGACCGUCAUUGGAAAUAAUAAUUUGUUCUUAACUGACUUGCCAAGUUAAAAUAUGAAAAAUAAUAUGAGAAUAGACUUAACACCAUGGAGCUGAAGGGCAGACUGUAUCAUACACUAUGACCACUGUUACUGUAAUAUACAGCCUACUUGCAUCUUUAACUUAGGACCACCAAAGCUAUCCAAACACCAGGUUCAUGGUACAACACAAGAAGAAGUGUUAUCGUCAAUGUCCUACUGUCAUUCUCUUAGGGCCCGAUUCAGAGUUGCAAUAUACAUGUGCAACUCAGACUUAUUGUCAAUUGGAAGACAUAAUUUAAGAUGCCCUUAGAUUGAUACAUGCCACAGGUGUGGGCAUGUUGUGGUAUGUAUCAAGUAUGGUGGUUGUGUUGUUUUUGUGGUGUGUCUGUUUAUUUCACUUUCAUAUCUGCUUUGUUGUUUGUACUUACAUAAAAGAUUAAAAUAGAGAUGUUCAAGAUGCCCUUAGCCAUUUAGACAGCAGGACUGAGGGCAAUUCAGCAAGAUAGGACAUUUUCAGCAGGAGCAAUGAAUGAAACAGGAAGGGACAUUACUUUCCUUCUUUCUCCUCCCUCCUUCAGCCAGCAGUCUGAGAGACUGUUUAGAGACAUCAGUGGUGAGUGGGCAGGCCAACCCAUUUUCUGUGUGAAUUGAAGGAGUGCGACUAUGUGUUUCUGCAAGAGAGAGUGUCCUCUUGGGGUCAAGCAUUCGCUAUGACCCCCCACUCACUCCUCGUUCCCCCAUCCCUCCCGCUCUACCAUUGCGCAGAGGAUACAUGGCACAGACUCAGGAAAUUCCACACUUCUCUGUGAGGAGGGAGCGGAGAGGCAGGAGCACAGGAGUGGGCAGAGGAGAACUCUGGAGGAGGAGAGAGGUCAUCUGUGGACUGUAUACGAAUGGAAAGAAAAUGACCCAAAACCCACUUCCAGGCUGUGUAAGGAGAGUGAUGGAGUGCUGCAUCAGAUGACCUGGCCUCCACAAUCACCCGACCUCAACCCAAUUGAGAUGGUUUGGGAUGAGUUGGACCGCAAAGUGAAGAAAAAGCAGCCAAAAAGUGCUCAACAUGUGGGAACUCCUUCAAGACUGUUGGAAAAGCAUUCCACAUGAAGCUGGUUGAGAGAUUGCUAAGAGUGUGCAAAGCUGUCAUCAAGGCAAAGUGUGGCUACUUUGAAGAACGGAAAAUAUAAAAUAUAUUUUGAUUUGCUUAACACUUUUUUGGUGACUACAUGAUUCCAUAUGUGUUUUUUCAUAGUGUUGAUGUCUUCACUAUAAUUAUACAAUGUAGAAAAUAGUAAAAAAAUAAAGAAAAUCCCUUGAAUGAG